AUGGCUUUCUCAGUGAAAGGACGAUCUGCUAUCGUAACUGGAGCUGGCUCCGGCAUCAACCUCAGUUUCGCUAAACUGCUGGUCGAGAAUGGUUGCAAUGUGCUCAUCGCAGACCUAGCUCUGCGUCCGGAGGCCCAUGUGUGGGCCGAUAAGCAUAAGACCGGUUCCCCACGAGUAGUUUUUCAAGAGACCAAUGUGAUUGAUUGGGGACAACUUGAGCGGAUGUUCGAGGUUGCAGAGAAGGAGUUUGGUGAGAUUGAUAUUGUUUGCCCGGGCGCGGGAGUCUACGAGCCGAAUUGGAGCAACUUCUGGCGCCCCCCUCACUCGACCGAAAGCAAGGACUUGCCUUCUGGGGGCCGAUACGCUUUAAUCGAUAUCAACAUCACUCACCCGAUCCGCACGACGCAGCUGGCAAUCGCGCAUUUCUUGAACAAUCGUACCAGUGGCCGCCCGAAGCAUAUCGUUCAUAUUUCCAGUAUCGCGGGCCAGAAUACCAAUCUCGCCACCCCGAUUUACUGCGCCACAAAACACGCUGUCAGUGGCUUUGUGCGGUCGCUCGCUGACCUCGACAAGAAUUUAGGUAUUCGAGUCACAGCCGUGGCUCCGGGUUUGAUCAAAACACCACUAUGGACUGAUCAUCCGGAGAAAUUGAAGAUGGUAGAUGACAGUACCGAUGCGUGGGUGACGCCCGAAGAAGUAGCAGAAGUGAUGCUGGCGCUUGUGCAGCAGGAACAGGUCAGCGAGACGAUUGGGGACUCGGGGGGUGGGCCACAGUUUCAGGUGCAAGGAGGUACGAUUCUGGAGGUGUCCAAGACAGUACGAUCAGUCAGUCAGUUUAAUGAUCCGGGCCCUGGUAAUCGACCUGGCAACACGGCAUCGGACCAUCAUUCUGUGGAAGAAGACAGUUAUGGUCUCCUGUCUCAGAAGGGAUGGGGAAUGCCCAAGAUAUAA